AAAAGGAGGGAGCCCCGAUCUCGCCCCGCCCCUGGGCUUGUUACCGCGGGGGCGGGGAGUGAGGGCUUCUUUUGAGGGGAGUAGAGAUCGGGGGACUCGGCUGUGCCCUCUCGAGCGGCUGCCGGUGUCCCCGCGGCGCCGGGCUGCCGAGCAGAGGAGCCGCGGCGGCCGUGGCUGUUGCAUGUGUGGCUGCUGGAUGCGGAGGCGGCGGCGGCGGCGGCGGCAGCAGGAUGUUAGGGCAGCAGCAACAGCAACUCUACUCGUCGGCCGCGCUCCUGACCGGGGAGCGGAGCCGGCUCCUCACCUGCUACGUGCAGGACUACCUCGAGUGCGUGGAGUCGCUGCCCCACGACAUGCAGAGGAACGUGUCCGUGCUGCGAGAGCUGGACAACAAAUAUCAAGAAACAUUAAAGGAAAUUGAUGAUGUCUAUGAAAAAUAUAAGAAAGAAGAUGAUUCAAACCAGAAAAAACGCCUCCAGCAGCAUCUGCAGAGAGCAUUAAUCAAUAGUCAAGAACUGGGAGAUGAAAAAAUUCAGAUUGUCACACAGAUGCUCGAAUUGGUGGAAAAUCGGGCAAGGCAAAUGGAGCUACAUUCACAGUGUUUUCAAGAUCCUGCUGAAAGUGAGCGAGCCUCAGAUAAAGCAAAGAUGGAUUCCAGCCAACCAGAACGAUCUUCGAGAAGACCCCGCCGACAGCGAACCAGUGAAAGCCGUGAUCUGUGUCACAUGACGAAUGGGAUUGAAGACUGUGAUGAUCAGCCACCUAAAGAAAAGAAAUCCAAGUCAGCCAAGAAAAAGAAACGUUCCAAGGCCAAGCAGGAAAGGGAAGCUUCACCUGUUGAGUUUGCAAUAGAUCCCAAUGAACCUACAUAUUGUUUAUGUAACCAAGUGUCUUAUGGGGAAAUGAUCGGAUGUGACAAUGAACAGUGUCCAAUUGAAUGGUUUCACUUUUCAUGUGUUUCACUUACCUAUAAACCAAAGGGGAAAUGGUAUUGCCCAAAGUGCAGGGGAGAUAAUGAGAAAACGAUGGACAAAAGUACUGAAAAGACAAAGAAGGAGAGAAGAUCGAGGUAGUAAAGGCCAUCUGCAUUUUAAAGGGUUAUUUGUCUUUUAUAUAAUUCUUUCAGAAUUUACUUUCAGAAAAUGUUUUAGGGUAAAUGCAUAAGACUAUGCAAUAAUUUUUAAUCAUUAGUAUUAAUGGUGUAUUAAAAGUUGUUGUACUUUGUCUGUGACCUUAAUUUUCUGCACUGAAUUACCAAAUAUUUUAAGCCAGGUAGUCUUCAGAUCACCUGGUGAAAGGCGCAGGGAGUAGGGAAGGGUGGUGUGAACACGAUAAUAACUUCACAAACCAUGCUAUUUCCUUUUCACUGAAAAUGCAAUGCUAAUUUUGGGGUAAACACCAAAGUUUUGCUAGCAUUUUAGUCUAUGUGCUUAAAAAAAAUUUAGAUAUAGUUGGAGUUCUCUGUAAGCAUUCAGAUUAUCUUGGAUAAUUUAAAAUAUGAACACUAUACCAUUCAGAGCUUCUCUCUUCCUGGCCCCAUUUAUACAUACACUUGGUCAUCUCUAGGCUUCCAAGAAUUUAAGGAACUAGAGAUAAGAAUAAUUUGGGAUUCCAUGUGGAAUAAUGUGCUCUUAUUAGAGUAUUUGCUGCUCUAUUUUCCAUAGUAGCAUUUUGAUACACCGUCAGUAGCCCAUUUAUAAAUACCUUGCUGCUGCUUCAUAGCUGCAUUCAGUCUAGUGCUUAAUAAGGGAGUUGUUUUGUUUUAAUUGGGACAGGUAGGAACAGUUAGGAUACCAAAAAUGCUGCCAUUGGCUUAUAUUGGCAAAAUUGGGGUUAUGCAGUAUCAUGGUUCAAGGUUGAGCAAUUUUAAAAAGACAUUUAAUAAUAUUUUUCAUGUUGACCCAUGGCUGGGAUACCUAGCCAGAGGCCUAUCCGCGGGAAAAGGGCAUAUACUAGUCUUUAAAUAUUGCCUUUAUGUCAGACAGUAGUUUAAAUAGUUUUGCUAGUGGCUAUAGGUCAUUUCUGUCCCAAUCAGAAAUUAUAUAUUAUUUUAAGUAAUAGUGUAUUUACUUUCUUAACUUUCUGGUAUUGGUGCUGUUUGGUGUCUUCACGUUUAAUGAACUAAUUUCAUUAUAACAAUGCAAUUAAUAAUGUAUUUGUAAAUUGAAUUUUCCAAGAUUCUAAAAUUGAAUUUUCCAAGAUUCUAAUAUUUUAAGGGUAAGCAUCUUGAUGGAUAUAUGUCCGUAUAUUUGGAGAAUUUUUUGUUUUUUCAGGGGUGGGGGGCAGUGGAUUGACUAGUCCUUAAAAUCUAUGUGUAACAUACUUUUUAUUCCUCAUUUCUUCCUAAUCUGAUGAUCUUGGUUCUUUUUGAUUAACAUGUGAAAAAUCCUGUUUGCUUGUUUGG